CGAGGUUGGAUACAGAGACAUUUUCGCCAUUUCAAUGCCUGGAUUCCCGUAGAAUUAACCACGGGCAUCUUUUCGUAUCGCAUAUGCUUCAUUCCUCCCGCUCGCUCUCCUCCUCCACCUUUUACCGCAAUGCAUCAGACGUAGCCUCACUUUGAGUCGAGCCAAACGCCAUCGGAGCGUCAGGCGCGACGUUUGUCUCAGCUACUGGGAAACAGAAGUGCGCAUUUACGGAGGCGUUUUACAUCUGGUUUUGUAUUUCUGUCUGUAGGGUCAGUGCACGAUGACAGUCUUCGCAUCAGGCUAUUACAGGUUAGAGACGUAGAUUAGCCUGAAUAUUUGGCCAUGUUUUUUUUUUUUUUUUUUGCUUAGGUACUUUGGGAUAGCUGUGAUGUCAGAUUACUAAAAGCUGAGUAGGUUGACCAUUCAAAAGAGGAAUUUUCACCAGAACCGAGGUGAAGAAUUUGGGAAGAGAGAAGAUUGGAGAAAACAAGAGGAAGACAUUUGUGAAGGGCGGCGGGAGGACAGUCAUGCAUGUGUCCCUGAAUUGCUGAUGGACCACAUCCGAAUAGAGCCAAGUGUACAUGGCCGAUUCUAUGUCCGCGCACGCAGAUCGUUAGCCUAAAUGAAUUAAAAGUGACUGCAUAGGCUACGCUUAUACCAUUUAAAAGUCACCCAGUGACACAGAUGUAGUUUACCUGUGUUCCGUGAUGGAAAUGCUUGCACCAGAUUUUGAAUUAAUUACAUUAUAUUUAGCUGAAGGAAAAACUGUAUGUCCGAUGUAUUCGUGUGAGCCACCCAUAUAUUUCUGCCGUGGGGGUUGGCCUAGUCCAUUACUCAAGUAAAUAAAUUGAAUGUAAUAAGGCCUGGAUAAAGUAAACUCAGGAAUUUAGAAUAUUCUCAGGGUAGCCUAAACACAUUCGAAAAUAUUUUCACACAUUUCGGGAUUGCGGAUGUGGAAAUGAUGAGUGGGCAGUUUGUUAUUUGAUAGAACUGCAUGAAAUGAAUAUUUGCUACAGAAGCAACAUAAGCAAUAUAGAUAUCGACGGUGAUGUAAUCAUUGAAUCUAUUGUUUUAGCUGUUGAUUCAAAUGAGCCAAAUAUAAGAAGCACUUUUACCUUUGUGAGGUAGGCCUUCGUUUCAUUUUGCACUUUUUAAUUCUAAGUUAGUCUUGUUUCCUGUCCAGUGGUAUUCAUAGAUGGGCAUGAUCUGAUAUUUAGAAGCAGAUUAUUUUAUUUUUCUCAAUUUCACAAAGUCAGAAAGUCUUCCUGAAGAGAGUUGUUGUUGCCAGGGUUGUUUUUGUUUACGGCCUUGUCCAAAGUUGUUUGUUGAAUCCAACAGUUAGAACUUGUGAGGAUCAUCAUUGAUAUCUUUCUCUUUUUUAUUUUUGAAAAGACUACAAAUCUAAUGCACAUCGUUGAGAAGUGUUUCACAUCACUGUGCUACUGAGGUGACCUCCUAGUAUGUAGGGGGGCAGAUAUUUACAUGAACUGAAAAGGUUUCAGAUUUUACAGAAGAGGAGACAUAAGCAAAAGGACGUCCACACACAGAAGAAUUUGUCACACGUGAAGUGAAAUGGACUUGUACCAAGUGAAAAUGACUCCAGAACGUGUUUUCCUCUUGGCCUUGUUUUGUGCAAUAUGUGUUACCUUGGCCAGUGGAGCCUGUGCUGAGGUGGACUCUGACACUGAGGCAGUGGCCGGUCAGGGCUUCAAGCUGGGAUGCAUCUCCUGCAAGAUGAGGGGCGAGGUGGAGGCCACUGCCACCGUGGACUGGUUCUUCAUGUUCAAAGGAGAAAAACAGUUCAUCCCUAUCUACACCUACGACGGCUCGAGCUCCAUGAUCAAAGAUGACCGAUUUGAAGAUCGCCUGGAGUGGGUCGGAAGCAAACACACUCAAGAUCUGCAGGACGCGUCCAUCUACAUCACCAAUGUCACCUUCAAUGACACCGGAGUCUUCCGCUGCUUGUUCAACCGAAUCCUAUUUUAUGAACAUUACGAGUACGAGACCGAAGCCACCAAGUAUGUGAAGCUCAACGUGGUGGCCAAAGCAACCCGUGGCACAGCCUCCAUCGUGUCAGAGGUCAUGAUGUACGUGUCCAUCAUCGGGCUGCAGCUUUGGCUGCUGGUUGAGAUGAUAUAUUGCUACAGGAAGAUCAUGGCGCAUGGAGAGGAGGCAUUAAGGGCAAGCGCGGAAGAAUAUUUAGCAAUAGCUUCGGAAAGCAAAGACAACUGUGCAGCAGUACAAGUAGCAGAAUAACACAGAUCCGUUGGUCCAUUCUGCUCACCUCAUCAUCAACUGGAUUUAUAUCAACUUCUUACCUGUGCAUGGAGACAUUGUGGAGAUGCAUCCUAUUUCUCGGAUUUUUUUAAUACUUUUGCCUUUUAUGAGAUACGCCACAGAAAAGGAGUUUGCAUGAUUGCAAUGAACCAUUAGCAUGUCUAACAUUAUAUAUAGUCGAUCAAUCAAUAGCCAUACUUAACUGAAAACUAACUGUGAAACGGGAAUGUGCAUCACAAACAAUGUUGCUCUAAAAACAUGUUAUCAAAAUGCACUUCGUGCAGGAUCUCGCUUUGAUAGCAAAGUAAUACGUCAUAUUAUUUCCAUCCAAAGGGUGGGAGACAGUAUAAGCAGCAGUUGCACCAAAUUCCAUAUGUGAAUGCUACGAGUGUCAUGAAUUAUAGCAAAGUAAUUAUAGCCUCUCUGAGCCUAUCGAACUUGGACUAAUGCAAUACCAUUGCCAGCACAGUAUGGAAAAUGACGCACAGCAUCACAGUGUUGUUUAAAUACCCAACUAAGUCACUUGAACUGAAUUUUACUACAAUGUCACACUUGUAAAUUCAAUCACUUGCCAGCCAGCACAGUACCGAACUAAGAAAGUAUACAGUUGUAAAUGUGAAAUGAAAUUAAAAGGAAGAAAGGGAAAAACCGAAUAGGGAAUAAUCUCUGUGUUGAGUAUGAAAUACAUGUUAGGCCAUGUUCUUUUGUAAUGUGAACUGUAAUUAGAAUAUGCAUUCUAUAUUGCUGGAUAUCAAUAAAUACUUGUUGUUUAGGCACCUUAGCACUGAUAUCCCAGCAAUAGUGUAUAUGCAUGGCCCAAGGGCAAUAAUGGAAGUAUACCACGCACACAAGGUCACAAUGCACAUUUUGUCCAAAUACAUGUAAAAAAAGAACCUAUGCUUGCCAAAUGUAGUAAACAUGUAGUAAGUCAGGUUAUAUGAAUUAUAGUACAAGGUGAAGACAUAUAGCAUCAUGCAACAUUUUACAGAGAUGACAUAAUGAGAUCUUAGCUGUCUGUCAUAUGCGCAAAUUAAAAGACACUCUUAAAUGGCUAA